AUGAAGGGUGUCACACCAGAGGAACCGAUACCUGAAGUGGUGAUGCAAGGAGGAACAGAUGAGAGCAUUUUAACUGUACUGAGGCAGCUUAGGGUAGAAAUGACGGAAAUGAAGAAGGAACGAGAGAGGGAUGCAUUGGAGCUUUCGGCUCUAAGAAGGGAAAAUGCUAACCUAAGAGAAGAGAUAAGGACACACAUCCCCUCCCAAACUACACCCAUCAUCCGGGAUCAGGAGGAAUCCUCGGUGUUAGGAUUGGCAAUAGACAAGUAUGAUGGUACAUCUGAUCUUGGAGAACAUAUGGAUGUCUUUAUAACCCAAGUCGGUCUGUACACAGAAAAUGAUGCUUUAUGGUGUAGAAUUUUUCCCACUUCACUCCGAGGGCCUGCACUCAGUUGGUUCACCCGACUCUCCCCUUUGUCCAUCGACUCUUUUGCAACUCUCACAAGACGUUUCAACUUGCAGUUUGCCACAAGUCAACCUCAUCCCUUAACAUCUCUGGCCCUAGUCAAUAUUCGCCAAGAAAAGGGAGAACCACUUAGAGCAUUCAUGGAACGCUUUGGCAAAGCGACUUUUUUAAUCCAUAACUUGGAACCAGUGGUGGCUAUACACCACCUCACAAUAGCCUUAAAGCCAGGACCUUUUGUUAAUAGCAUCUGCAAAAAACCCCCCGUGGACCUAGACGAGUUAAGGAGUCGGGUUGCAAAGUAUAUGCAGAUGGAAGAAUUAUCCGAAUACCGAAACCAGGUACAAAUAGACCAAGGGUCCAAUUCAAAAAAUACAGACAGGAGAGAAGCUUUCAAGGCUAGGCAGGGAAACGAGAGAAGAAAUGAACUUGAAAGGCCGCCCCGGGGACCUAAGUAUCCUUCCUACACUACGCUCAACACUAACCGGUCUAGAGUACUUGAUCAGGCGUUGGCCAUAGAAAUAUUGAGAAUGCCUAGACGCGCCAACACUCCUCCUCAGGAAGAUAAAAAUUUUGUACAGACAAAUUCCAUGGGGCAACCUAACAGAGGAAGAGACUGUUACCCUGAACCACCAAAGAGGUCUGACGACAAAAAAUUUGAACGACAUAGGAGCAGGUCCAGGGAACUCCCAACUAAAAGAUAUGAUAAGCGAAAGAAGUAUCCCAAAAGGGUCAUUAACACCAUAGCUGGAGGGUUCGCCGGUGGAGGACCUACCCAUUCAGCCAAAAAGAGGCAUCUCAGACAUGUCCGUUCUGUUAAUAAUGUUUCAUUGGGCAGCAAAAUCCGGAUCCCACCUAUUACGUUCAUUGACAAUGACUUUCAAGGAGUCGAUCCGGUGCAGGAUGAUCCCAUGGUCAUUAGUGUAGACAUUCUUAAUUGCACUGUUUGGAAAACACUAAUUGACCAAGGGAGCUCGGCUGACAUCUUGUAUUGGAAUAUGUUUAAGCAAUUAGGCAUCUCUGAAGAAGAGAUCAGAGAAUAUCACGAACUGUUAGUCAGUUUUUCUGGGGAACGAGUAGAGCCUAGGGGAUGUAUAUUGACUUGUAUACCUCGUUUGGAUCAGAACAUGAGGAAAAACGCCAUAGUAUCCACUCCGCACUUGGCCAUGAAGUUUCCAUCUGAAAGAGGCCGAAUCGUUACAGUCCAUGCUGAUCAGAAAACAGCCAGAGAAUGCUACUUCGCAAGCUUACGUAUUAGACCCUUUCAUGGGAAUAGUCGAGAUGUCAAUAUUGUAUCUCCUCGGUUGGGAGAGGACUUAGAUGUUGAACUUGAUCCCAGAAUGGAUAAGGGAUAUUGGGUUGAGCCUAAUGAAAACAAGCAACCUUUCCAACUUGGAGCAAAACUAGAACAAGUUGCUUAUUUAGGAGUCGCCAACGUCGUCAUGGUUAAAAAAGCCAACGGCAAAUGGCGAAUGUGCAAGGACUUCACGGACCUCAACAAAGCAUGCCCAAAGGAUGCAUACCCCCUACCAAACAUUGAUACCCUGGUCGAUGGUGCAGCCGGUCACAGAAUACAGAGUUUUUUGGAUGCUUAUUCUGGAUAUAAUCAAAUAUGA